AUGAAGGGAAUUGCCCUACGUCCCAAACCCCGAAGCCCCCAGGCUCUGGUCUGUCAGUUCUGUCGGCUAUCCGGGACUCAGACUCCUCAACCCCGUCUCCAAAUCGCCCGGUCUUACUCCUCGACAACGACGCCGUUGAGUCGCAAAACGCAAACCGGACAAUGGCGAUCGAAAAAGGACUUGAAGUCUCCAGGGAAUUCUACAAGCCAAAUUUCCAAAUGGUUCUCAUCGACAGUGUCCGACCCAGCCCCCCCAACGGAAGCCGAAGAAACUUUGCGACAGAUCGCCCAUGAUUCCACCGAGCUUCGAAGCGUCGAUGCCGUCCCCUCCAACGAGGCGGUCGUCCAGCUACUACAUAGAUGCCAAGAACUCGCCGAAGCACUCGUGCUACCAGAGCCCGAAAAGGCAAAGCAGUCGUCGUCGGAAGGAAAGGGAGAAAACGAAAUCUCAUCUAUCCUGGACUUGGAGGAGAAGAACAGUGGGAAGAAACGAUCGAAGUCACUGCGCAACCCGCAUCCACAGCUGGCCAAUUCGCUCGCCCAGGUGGCUUACGACCUUCUGACGGACGAAAAGGUGUUUAUCUCUCCUGAGGCACUUGCCUGCUACACCAAGAUCCAGACCUUGCUCAAGCGGGCCGAGCAAUUCCCGGAGAUCUUCCACCUUUAUGCCAACAAGCCGGUGCCCGAGGAGAAUAGUUCCCCGGUAAAGUACCACAGGGCGAACCCCAAGAGCGUCAACAGUGCUGUUCCAACGGAGCUGGCCAACAUGGCUCUGGAUGUCGCCAUUGAGCAACGAAACCUUCCUCUUGUGUUGGAGAUCAUUGACAACACGUUCUGUGCACCGGCCUUCCACCGCGCAAAGAUUUUUAAGAAGGCAUCCGUGCCCCUAGGUGGACUUGCGACCGCCCCGGCUGCUUGCUAUGUGAUUGCGUCUUGGGCAUCAUCCCUGCAAAACACCAUGGACCCGAGCAUGGCGACAGGGAUUGCCUUCGCUGCGUCUCUGGCCUAUGUCGGGGGUGUAUCUUCUACUGUACCAAUAUAUAUUGAGACAUCACUUGGAUGA